CAGAAAGCAGGGGGAAGGGCAGUGCUGGGUAACAACAACGUGAGGGAGAGAGGGGCUGAUCUGAGCUGGAGUCACCGGCGGCAGCCGCCUAGGGAGCCCUGAUUGACGCAAACCUGCCAGCAGCCGCGCACUGAACACACGGCAGAGCCACAGCAGCCGCACAAGAAGCCACCGGCUUGCUCCAGAACAACACAAAGGCGGCGGCGGCGGCGGCAACAGCGCGGAGCCAGAGCUCUCUACAAGGAGCAUCGCCCCCGCCCGGCCCCGGCCAGACACCAGCAGGGCUGCAGACAGCACGCGCCUCGGGGAAUAUGAGCCCGCUGCUUCCCCUGGGGAUGUCCUGGGCUCCGGGCUUGGCCACUCUGCCUCUCCUCCCAGCUGCCUAGCUCCGGGCUUGCCACCGAGAGGAGCUGCUGUUGCUGAUGGAGGCCGGGAGGUGCCGCAUUGCCUAGGUUUUUCUUUGCCCUGCGAGCUGUCUUUCCAGCCCUUUCUUCUUGCUGCUAAGUACUGCGCGUUUUGCAAAGCGAUUGAAUUCAGCUGUCCGAGAGAAGGAGGAGGAUGGGCUGGAGACCAGUCCCUCCAAGGCGGAGUGCAGUGUGUGGGAAGACCUGGAUGAGAUAAAAGAAAAAAAAUAGAGGGGGGUGGGAGAAAUACAACAACCAGCACCAGAUCCUGCUGGUACCAUCUGAGAUCACUGUGUAUGUAGGUGGAGGAGAAGGAAAAAACCCACCCCAAGCCGUAGGCAGUUUUGUUUUCUGGAGUCCUUAUCUGUGCUCAAGAAAGAGGAUCUUUAAAUAUAUACCAGCAAAGGAACGACAUGUAGCUUUUUUUUCCCCCUUUUCUUUUUAAAUCAAAGAAAAAUGCCUCUUAACCAUGGCAAACGUUGGUCUUAAAUAAAUGGUCCUUCUUUUGGAAAGCAACCUCUACCGGGAACUCUCAGUUUGAGGAGCCACAUUUAUUUAUUUAUUUAUUAUUCUUUCUCUAGUGACUGCAGCAUCAGGGGUGAGAUCACUGUUUGCAUGGGGGAGGGAUAAAAACCUCAUCCCAAAUCCAAAGGUAGUCCUUCGUCCUGCUUUUUGGACUCGCUCUCUGUGAUCAUGUGGCUCUUAAAAAACCACUAUAACUGCAGCUUUUUAUUACCCCGAUAAAAUGCCUACUUAACCAAGGGGGCAAACUUGGGUCUUCUGGGGGAAAGAACCCUCCCCCCUUCUUUCCAUAGUGAUUUGCAGCAAUAGGGUGUUCGUUUGUGGCGUGUUGUUAUUGUUAUACUGGCUUUUCUCUCUACAGUGACUGCAGCAUCAGGCAAUUGGGGUUCUGGGGGAAAGGUUAUUUGGGGGGUAGAAGAGGGGUAUCAUAAGGGACAGGAGCAACAGGGUGCUGGGGAUAGGGGAUAUAUUCUAAAGGAAGAGGAGCAGCAGGUAGUGGGGAGAUUUGGGGAGGGGGUACAUGCUCUAAGGGUGAGGAACAACUGCAUCAGGCUUUUGGGGCUGUGUGGAGGUGCAUCCUAUAAGGUAGAGGAGCACAGUUAGCAGCGACAGAGGAGGGAGCAGCACUAUGACUCAUUUGCAGGCAGGUCUGUCCCCGGAGACGCUGGAGAAAGCCCGGCUGGAGCUGAAUGAGAACCCGGAUACCCUGCACCAGGACAUCCAGGAGGUGCGGGAUAUGGUGAUUACUCGGCCGGACAUUGGCUUCCUCCGCACAGAUGAUGCCUUCAUUCUGCGCUUCCUGAGAGCCAGGAAAUUUCAGCACUUCGAGGCAUUCCGUCUGCUGGCCCAGUACUUUGAGUACCGGCAGCAGAACCUGGACAUGUUCAAGAGCUUCAAGGCCACUGACCCUGGCAUCAAGCAGGCGCUGAAGGAUGGCUUCCCCGGCGGGCUGGCCAACCUUGACCACUAUGGAAGGAAGAUCCUGGUCCUGUUCGCUGCCAACUGGGACCAGAGCAGGUACACACUGGUGGAUAUUUUGCGUGCCAUACUUCUUUCUUUAGAAGCCAUGAUUGAAGAUCCUGAACUUCAAGUGAAUGGAUUUGUUUUGAUUAUAGACUGGAGCAACUUCACCUUCAAGCAGGCCUCCAAACUCACACCAAGCAUGCUGAGAUUAGCCAUAGAGGGCCUUCAGGACAGUUUUCCAGCUCGGUUUGGAGGAAUUCAUUUUGUCAAUCAACCAUGGUAUAUCCAUGCCCUCUACACAGUUAUACGGCCCUUUUUAAAGGAGAAGACGCGGAAAAGGAUAUUUCUGCAUGGUAAUAAUCUCAACAGUCUGCAUCAGCUAAUUCAUCCUGAGAUCCUACCUUCUGAGUUUGGAGGGAUGCUGCCACCCUAUGACAUGGGCACAUGGGCGAGAACUCUGCUAGACCAUGAGUAUGAUGAUGACAGUGAAUACAGUGUGGACUCCUACAGCGCUCCUGCAAAAGAACUAGAAAAGGAUCUCUCUCCCAAAUCCAUGAAGAGAUCUCAGUCAGUCGUGGAUCCCGGAGUGCAAAAACGCCUGGAUAAAAACGAGGAGGAAAACAUGCAGCCUCUGCUUUCACUGGACUAACAUUUUCUGAGCAUCAAAUGUGAAUCGGGGUGGAAAGUGCUGCUUUUCAGCAGCAAGCAAACCGUUGGAAAGGCAUGUACCAGCUGAAAUUCUAUUUAUUCAUGUUAAUGUAGCAUAAUGUAAUCAGGCAGCAGGUUAUGCUAGUCUGCCUGAAACAUGGGUGCCCUGGGUUGAAAAAAAAAUCAAUUUAUUCUGUAAGUGCCAACUUGUUUGUAAAUAUAAUGUAAUCUUCCACUUUGAAUUUGUAAGUUAUGGUAGACAAGUAAUCUGGAAAAGUGAUUAUUAAAAUUUGUCUGUGAAAAGCACUGUAAAAAGGGAACACGCGCACACACACAUUUGUUAAUUAAGUUUUGUCCUUUCUAUAGGAAGCCGUCUUGCAGCUAUCAUAUUGACUGCUUUUUUCCCCCUGUCAUGCUCAUGCAGCAUUCAAAGAUAGAGAGAAUAUAAGAACUUGGAGAUCAGGAAAACCACACUGGUUACAACACUAUCUACAGGAAUUAAUUUCACCAAUAACCUUGUGGUUUUGGGUGGUGACUUGGGAUAAGUCAUGCAUUAUAGGGGAAAAGAGGUAACAGAUGAGCAGGGAACAAAUGCCUCUCCUGCCUCAUUGUUUGGCUGUGUGGAUUUGUGAGCUUUUGUUCUGUUUAGUUUCAAGAGAAGUUUGGGGGUUUGGAAGCUGCUUGGCUCGUUCGCCUAAUUUGGGCCUUUCAGUGUGUGCCAUAUUAAUCACUUCUGUUGCAUAUUGUGUUCACUUCAAGAAUUUUUCCAAAACAUUCUCCUCUUUGGAGUGAAAAAAUAUUCAUCCCAAUGCCGUGUAAUAACUAGUAUUUUGAACUGCAGCUGUAGGCUCAGGGUUAAUUAUGAAAUCCUGUGCACUCGGUGACUGAAUACAUAUAUAUUUUUACCAAUCUCUAACAAACAUAUAAAGUGGCAUUGUUAGACAAGUAUAUUUAAUCAAGGGUUUAUAAAAAUAAAUCAUACCUAUUCAAUGUACUUAGAGAUAUUAUAGAUUGUAUAUUGAGACAAUGUGACAUUAACAUAGUAGAACUUUAUGUACAGCAUCCCACUUCAAGCACGGACUAAUAUGAAUGAGGUAUAGUCAAGCUACUCAGCAUAGACAUUAAAGACAUUUUUGUUUCGGU